CAGAAACAGCAGCUCCUCGUCUUCUUCUGGAUCCAUUCUGAAAGUCAAGAACAAUGAAACACAGCUCAGUUCUGUUUUCGCUGCUCCUUCUGGGGACGUGCUCGGCUCACACCUAUCAAAAUGUGGCCUUGCGUGGAAAAGCGACCCAGUCAGACCGGGUUACCAUACAUGGAGCUGCCUACAAUGCUAUUGAUGGAAACCGUGAAUCUGACUUCGGGGCUGGAUCAUGCACCCACACCAAGGAACAGGCCAACCCCUGGUGGAGAGUGGACCUGCUGGAGUCCUACAUCAUCACCACCAUUGUUGUCACCAACAGAGGAGACUGCUGUGCAGAGAGGCUCGACGGGGCAGAGAUUCACAUCGGCAACUCUUUACAAGACAACGGUGCUGCAAACCCAGUGGCUGGUGUAAUUCCUCAUAUUCCAGCAGGCAGGUCUUUAAAAAUGACCUUUACCAGACUUGUGGAGGGACGUUAUGUGACUGUGGUUCUACCUGGUUUAAGAAGGGUCCUUACACUCUGUGAAGUGGAAGUCUACGGGUACCGUGCUCCAACUGGAGAGAAUCUGGCGAUCUACGGAAAAGCCACACAGUCGUCAGUGUUUCCGCAUGGGAUUGCGUAUAAUGCCAUAGAUGGGAAUCGUGCCACCUAUUGGAACCAGGGUUCUUGUACUUACACGAACCAAGACUUCAACCCCUGGUGGCGAGUCGACCUGGGCAAAACCCACAAAGUGUUUUCUGUUAACAUCACCAACUACAGAGAUUCUAGCUUACAACUUGUUGGAGCUGAGAUCAGAGUUGGAGAUUCUCUUGCAGACAACGGCAACAGCAAUCCCAGGUGUGCUGUGAUCUCAAGAAUCCCUCCAGCUUUCACUGAAGGCUUCCAGUGCAACGGGAUGGACGGUCGCUACGUUAACAUCGUCAUUCCUGGAAGAGCCGAGUUCUUGAGCCUGUGUGAGGUGGAGGUGUACGGCUCCAGGCUGGAUUAGGUCCGAGGAGGUUUAAAAAUUCUAACAAUGACAUUACACUACAUUGCAGAUGUUCAGCUGAUGAGCAUCAGCCUCUCCGGGAUUGUAGCAAUUAACUCUGAUUUAGCCAACUCCUGUAAAUCCUGCACAACUUAGCAAUUAGUCCAUUCAUUUUCUGUUAACUUCUGCUCAGCACCCCUGAAGCUCACCCUGAGCUGAACCCUUUCCUGCAGCGCAGGAGGACAAUUUUAACAUAUUUCAUAGUGAGGAUACUCAUUAUUUCAAACGCAUGACAAAAUUUACCAGACGACUUAAGAUCAUUUGGCACAAACUGUAUUAAGUAACUGUUAGAGCUUUGUGACUUUACAAACUAUAAAGUGUCACAACCCCUGCUGAGCUGUUGUUGGCACACCAGGCUUUCCCUCACCUGACGGUGAAGGUGCAGGGCACAUGGUGGUCUCACUCCCAUCAGAUGCCAACACUACAGCAGUGUCUGCCUCAUCUGUAGUGUUAGUUCAUCCUUGUUACUGGUGUUCAAGCAUAAAAUGAGGUCAGAGAUGUGUGUUUAAUACAGUGUUCAUCCUGUAGUCUGUAUUUCAUGAUGACAUUCCUCCAUCACCUGUAGUGUGGAAAAAAGGAGCACCUUCCUGUUGCUGUUGUAGACCAAUCUCGCGUUUCAAGGGUUGUUUGAAUUCCCAUUAUAUUCCCAUCUCAGUGAACAGCUCUCUGGCUGUGUUGAGCUCUCGGCACUGCCUCAUCGUUUCCACUGAAAAAUUCUUGACAGUCUCUCUAUUUUGAAAUUUACAGAAGCGAAAAAGAACCUCUCUGUGUUGGUUUGGUUUCAGUGGUGCCGGAGACCGAUCCAGGCUGAGCUCCAACCAGAGCAUGUGAGCAGAAGGAUUUUGUGUUGAGCGAGGAGCGGCUAUUUUUUUAAAAAGGUGGAGCGGAGCCUUAUCUCUCGCUCCAAUUUCGCUCCGGUCGCUCAUGCCCCACCCAGAAUGCAUCUUUGCACCUGCGCACACCCACACUAUUUUCUUUCAAAACUAUGGAGUUUACUGUGUACUUCAGAAAAGAAACUGAGAAGAGAAGCAGCGGUACCUUGGAGAACGGUCCCUAACUGCGGGGAGAGGCGAGAGGGCUUCCCCGGGGGUCAGCCGCUUAACCUGGUCCAUCUUCUCUACACUUUGACUUAUUUCCACCCUGCCAACAGCGGUACCGUGUAGAACGGUCCCUAACUGUGGGGAGAGGGGAGAGGGCUUCCCCAGAGAAUCUACCAAGCUCAUGUUUUAUUUGUGAAUAGAAGAUUACAGGUUAGGGUAGUACGACGCAAAGUGACAGGUCUGCAAGCGAGGAGUGGAAAUUUUCACCCGCUCCGCUCACAUGCUCUGACUCCAACCACUUUGGUAACACGUCAUGAACAAAAUCCAGCAGUAGUCAAGUACACUCGGCACCUUUUCGGAUACCAAACACACGCAAACUCCUCCUCCUCUUACAAUUCUCCAAAUUAUCGAUCUUCGUCUCCAAGUAUGUUAGUUGUUUGCAGUCAAAGCCUCCGAGGGAUCAUGACACACUGCCUUCCCCUAAAUAAAAUAAAGAGCCAGUUUUAAAAAUAAAAAGUAUUGUAUUGGUAUCGAUAUUGGUGAUUCUGGCCCUGAAUUAUCGCCAGCCUGGUCUUAUUCAAUAGUGGUUGAAUACUGCGGCUUUGUCAGUGAUUUGGUGUCAAGCCACCUUUCACAGCGCUAUAAUACGCUGCCCGGUGGCGUCAGUUUGUAACGCAGCCAAACACAACCUUUCAUGGUGCUAUGGUAUGAUGCUGGUCGGUCAGACGGCAGUGGUAGUGGCGGUAUGAUAUGUCACUGGACAGCAUCAGCUUGAAAUGCUGCCAGUAACAACGUAAUAUAAGGAGCUGAAAAGUCCCUAUAAGGCAGAUAGAAGUGGUAGUGGAUGGAUCCAACAAACCCCGGACUGUAAUCUGGGAGAUCAGUGUUCCCUUCCUGUAUGAAUGCAGAACCAAACCAUGAUGUUUUUUUUCUAAACUUAAACAUGUGUUUUUGGUGACAUCCUGGCGUUGGUAGAGUUGUACCGGAGCGUCAACAGCAGAUGCAGGAGGAUAUCUGGCAUGUGACAUGUAGACGUGAACAUCCACUGACAAAGCGGCGAUAUGUGACGACUAGAGAUGAGAAUGUGUUGGUAUCACCCACCCCAACAGAAUGUGUUCCUGCAGCUAUGGUAACAUCUUAUUUCAUUGUAGAGCUGCAUGAGACUACUGCUGCAGGAGUGUGAGCUCCACACCUGGGACAGAGUCACAGUGACAGGGCUAACUGUUAGCUAACGGCUAAUGUUACCACACAGGUUUAAUAACAGAGUCAAGCUGUUUCUGUGUCAGUGUGAGUUUUUCGGUCUGUUUAAUGGCUCGGUGUUGGAUGCUUGCCGCUGCUGCUGUGUUAGCUGACACUAACCGGGCAGAGAGAGCAGAAGGAGAGCGGCUCAUGUAGACGGUCCUUCAGUGCUGCCUCAAACAGCAACAACAGAUAACUGUAAUCUGACUGGCCAAAUGUUAUGAAUACUGACUAACAGGUUAACGUUUGUUUAUUCUACAUUUCAUGCGUAUUUAAAUUCUCAUUUAUAAAAAAUGUGGCAUUGUGUAAAAAAGCGCACCAUCAGACCAUAAAGGGGACAUGUUGCUAAUUCAGCUGAUACAUUGCGAUCAAUCAUUUUUCAUGUAGUUAUAUUCAUCCAUGUCAAUCGUCAUCAGUGUGCAGAGAACAAACAUGUUCAGCACUUCAGUUAUAUUUCAAACUAUUACAGACCUUUUCUCUCCUCCUCUGUCUCAUGUGGUUUCACUCAUUGUUUGUUUGCCUUUUCAACAUCAACAUAAUUAACCUAACCCUUACCAAUUUUGCUCGCUCCACUUAUGUUCCCUACUCUGCAUUGUCUAUGUAGCUGCUUAUAUUUUGCUGUUUUGCCUCUGAUAAUUGUUUCUGUUUUUAUUUUGUAUUGUGAUGUGUUUUUAUUGCAUA